AUGCUUCUCAGCGAACGCUUAGUCCCGACCCCACAGCGUCAGACCGCCAUGGACCGACUUUUGAACUCGCUCGAAGACCGGAGUGCCAAUAUGGAACAACAGGCUACGGAUGACAAGGAUGGGACGGCGCCUGUGCCCAAGGUGGCUAGGCUACUGCGUGAUGGACAAGGCAAAUUCAUGUACGUUGGCGACUCCGCCAGCUUGUCAUUCCUACAGAGUGUGCGGAGGAUAGUAUCGACUUCGAUCGGCAGAUGCGAGUUCACGGAAGACAACUCGCGACAUUCGAUGCUGGAGGCGUUUCAGAGUGGCUCUACAACACAUACGGGACCGUUAAUAUCACCACCAAGCAACGAAGAGGCUCAGAGGCUCGCGCGCCAGUUUGUGCUUGCUACAAGCCCGUUGUUGGAUCUGUUCGACCUCAACGAGUUUCACCCCCGGCUUGCAAAUUGGGUUGAGAACCCGACGGGUGAUGAAGAUACCGUCAGCUCGAUAUUCUAUCUCGUGCUUGCGAUUGGCGCGCAGGUGUCCGAUAUCAAUCAAUCCUUGGCUGAGCAGUACUUCGUCAGUGGCCGUCAGUUAGCGUUUUCUGCCUUCACGGAGACCCCGAGUAUAUAUACCAUCCAGUCGUAUGUUUUGAUCUCGAUGUACAUGCUGGGAGCCUGUCGACGCAACGGAGCUUUUAUGAAUUUGGGAAUCGCGCUUCGUGCCGCGUAUGCGGUUGGAAUUCACCGGAAAGACGCAAAUGCGCUUUUCUGCACCCGGGAACGGCGGGCUCGAGAACGGGUGUGGAAGAGUCUUCGUAUGAUGGAUCUGUACCUUUGUGCCUCCUUAGGACGUCCUCCUGCGACACUAGACUUUGACUAUGAUUUGCGUGAAGAGGGAAUUUCGCCAGGGGAGCAACAGCGCCUUCACCCGGACGAGCAGUUGUCCAUGACGGUGAUCUCACUGUGCCGGAUCUUCGAACGGAUCCUGACCGAGGUCUAUAUGCGUCAAGUCGUCUCGAUUAACGUCGCAGAAACCAUAUCGAAUCAACAUCGAGCUUGGGUGCGCAAUCUUCCAGUGUUUCUGCAGAUGCAGACUGAGCGGCUGGAUUCCAAGACGCUGGAAGGCACCUUGUCCGCUGCGCACAUCUUUGGUUCCUACUACUGGUCGAUUAUUCUUCUUACUCGGCCGUUCCUCAUCUUCCGAGUGUCCCAAUAUGUGCGGAAUAGGACUGAGGCAACAGGAUCCUCCGACGGCAGGGCCAGCAACUCCCGCAUUGCGUUAUUUGCCGACGCAUGUGUCUACUCUGCCUUGCGCGGACUUAACAUCGUAGAUGAUCUUUCUCGCUACAACACCCUCCCACGCAGACUGCCAUUCCUUAUCAAUUCCGUUUUCAACUCGGCCGUGGUGCUGGGAGCCGCUUUCUUUGCCGACUACGACAAUUUACUCCCGCUUGAGGAAGGCAUGGACAAGGCGGAGAAAUUCCUAGGCCUCUUUGUACCCCACGACCCACACGCAUGUCGCUUCUUUCAGAUCAUCAAGUACCUCCGAGGCGCAGUGGCGGAGUAUGUUCGUCGACGGAACCGCCAUUGGAUGGAGCGCCGCAGCCGACAAGUUGACCAGCUCUUCGGCCAAGUCGGGCCCGCCAAAGAAACCCCCAUUGCCGAAACAAAUACCCCGAGCAGUCAUCGCGGAGAACCCACCGCUGUACCAUCUCCUUUAUCCCCCGACAAACUCACCGGAGCUUCUGCUUCUCAGCCGCCCGACUUAACUACAAGCACCACUACCGCCACUGGCCCAACCGACAGUGACAUCUGGGAUACGCUCUAUGGCGCACAAGGCGCCGACACGCUACCAUACGACACUGCAAUUUCCACGCUCACCACAACCGGAAUUCCCAUCGGCUGUUCCCCAGGCGGUACCAUCCCUGCCGGUGGAAUGCCUCCGGAUGCUCCAGGAGCGCAAACACCACUCUCGGACGUGAUUCUCCCGGACAAUGGCCUGCUCUAUAUGGCCGAAGACCUUCCCGUAUUUGGGAUUUGGGGAGAUGCUUGA